UGCAAACCCACCCGCGGGGGUUCCGGAAGUUUCCACUGCGGCAGCGGAGUGCGGCCUCGCCCCGCAGCCUUGCGCGUGCCACCACGUUUGGCCUUCUGGGGUGUCCCCGAGUCACCCCCCCCCCCCCCCCCCCCGAGGGUCUUCUUCCGUGGGCCCCCCCUUCAUUUCCACUCGUGAUCUCAUGGUCUCAUCUUCAUUCCCACAGGUGUGCCCUCAUCCCCCAGGAGUGUCGCACGUCACCUUUUCUCCCCUAAGGGGGUCCUCAGCCACACUUUCAACGUGCCAGUCCUCCCAUGCCACCCCCACCUCCCGUGUCGUGGCCAAGGAUGUUCACUUAUUCAGCCCCAGCCCCGACUGAGAGCCUGCCUGCCCUGGCAGCCAUGAGGCCCCCCUGGUGUCCCCUGUACACGCCCUCCCUGGCUGCCCCAAUCCUUCUCCUCCUCCUCUUCCUCCUGGGAGGAGGGGCAGAGGCUGAGGACCCAGAGCUGCUGGUGACGGUCCGUGGGGGCCAGCUGCGGGGCGUCCGCCUAAUGGCCCCUGGAGGCCCUGUCUCUGCUUUUCUGGGCAUCCCCUUCGCAGAGCCACCUGUGGGCCCCCGUCGCUUUCUGCCACCGGAGCCCAAGCGGCCCUGGCCAGGGGUGCUGGACGCCACAGCUUUCCAAAGUGUCUGCUACCAAUAUGUGGACACCUUGUACCCUGGCUUCGAGGGCACCGAGAUGUGGAACCCCAACCGCGAGCUGAGUGAGGACUGUCUCUACCUCAACGUAUGGACACCAUACCCCCGGCCUGCGUCCCCCACCCCUGUCCUCGUCUGGAUCUACGGGGGUGGCUUCUACAGUGGGGCCUCCUCCCUGGACGUGUAUGAUGGCCGCUUCCUGGCCCAGGCUGAGGGGACCGUGCUGGUGUCCAUGAACUACCGGGUAGGAGCCUUUGGCUUCUUGGCCCUACCAGGGAGCCGGGAGGCCCCAGGCAACGUGGGUCUACUGGACCAGAGGCUGGCACUGCAGUGGGUACAGGACAACGUGGCAACCUUCGGAGGAGACCCAAUGUCAGUGACUUUGUUUGGGGAAAGCGCCGGUGCCGCCUCAGUGGGCAUGCACCUGCUGUCGCCUCCCAGCCGGGGCCUGUUCCACAGGGCUGUGCUGCAGAGCGGUGCACCCAAUGGCCCCUGGGCCACAGUGGGUGUGGGAGAGGCCCGUCGCAGGGCCACACUGCUGGCACGCCUCGUAGGCUGUCCCCCAGGCGGUGCCGGUGGCAAUGACACAGAGCUGGUCGCCUGCCUGAGGACACGGCCAGCUCAGGAUCUGGUGGACCACGAGUGGCACGUGCUGCCUCAGGAAAGUGUCUUCCGCUUCUCCUUCGUGCCCGUGGUGGAUGGAGACUUCCUCAGUGACACACCCGAGGCCCUCAUCAAUGCUGGAGACUUCCACGGCCUGCAGGUGCUGGUGGGUGUGGUGAAGGAUGAGGGCUCCUAUUUUCUGGUUUACGGGGCCCCAGGCUUCAGCAAAGACAACGAAUCUCUCAUCAGCCGGGCCCAGUUCCUGGCCGGGGUGCGGGUCGGGGUCCCCCAGGCGAGUGACCUAGCUGCCGAGGCUGUGGUCCUGCAUUACACAGACUGGCUGAACCCUGAGGACCCCGCACGCCUGAGAGAGGCCAUGAGUGAUGUGGUGGGCGAUCACAACGUCGUGUGCCCCGUGGCCCAGCUGGCUGGGCGACUGGCUGCCCAAGGUGCUCGGGUCUAUGCCUACAUCUUUGAACACCGUGCGUCUACGCUCUCCUGGCCCCUCUGGAUGGGGGUGCCCCAUGGCUAUGAGAUCGAGUUCAUCUUUGGGCUCCCUCUGGAACCCUCGCUGAACUAUACCGCCGAGGAGAGAACCUUUGCUCAGCGACUGAUGAGAUACUGGGCCAACUUCGCCCGCACAGGGGACCCCAAUGACCCCCGAGACCCCAAAGUCCCGCAGUGGCCACCAUACACGGCGGGCGCGCAGCAGUAUGUGAGCCUGGACCUGCGGCCGCUGGAGGUUCGGCGAGGGCUGCGCGCCCAGGCCUGCGCUUUCUGGAACCGCUUCCUACCCAAAUUGCUCAGCGCAACCGCCUCGAAGGCUCCCAGCACCUGCUCAGGCCCCGCCCACGGGGAGGCUGCCCCGAGGCCCAGGCCCGGCCUUUCCCUGCCCCUCCUUCUCCUCCUCUUCCUCCUCCUCUCCCGACUCCUGCGGCUGUGACCAAGGCCACUUACCCCUCCGGCCUCAGGGGGCCCCUCCUCUAAUGAGUGGUCGGACAGUGGGGAAGGGCCCCACUCAGGGAUCUCCGACCCAGCGCACCCUCCUUCCUCAAACAGAGAGACUCAAACUGGCCAGUGCUGCGAGGGGGUGGUGACUUACGACCCGUCUCAGGGACCCACACGACUUUG